UCCACACCUCCGAGUUGUCUCUUCUUGAAGCACUCGAGUGGUGUAGCCCCCAGAGAGGUUGACACGAACAACUCUCUCCUAGUGGUAUCGCCAUACACCUCACCACCACAUCUUCUCGAUCUCACACGAUAUUCCGCAUCAAGUCAGCUCUUCGCAAAGGCCUUGACCGAAUUUCAACCUGUUCGAGAAGACUAUGCGACAGCAGAGUACACAGAGUCCAUCAACUUUCCAGGAGUCGUCAAAACUCUCAGGUCUCUUGCAAGAGCAGAAGGGAACAUAUGGAAGAAGACAGAGUUCUACGUGGUCAGUUUUCGGUCACAACUCAGCCCUGCCGCCGAUCCAGAGCGAUUGUUCGAGUUAGAUGCCUUCUCCCAUCAAGAAGCCAUGUCCAGUGGAGGAUUGUUGAAGUAUUGGUACGGAGUGAAAGAUCAGAAUCGGAGGAAUCUAGCGACUUGUAGGUNNGUCUGGGAGAGUAGACAACAUGCGAGGGAUGGAGGCAGAGGACCAUGGCACGCAAAGGCAAGAGCUGCUGCGGGGGUCUGGUACGAGAGUAUCGUGUUCAAGACGUAUGUUUUGACAAUCGGAGAUGAUCUUGAUAGCUGGGAUAUCAGAGACUUUGAAGAGAAGAGGGGAUGA